GCAGGCGCAGCGCGGCGCGCCCCAGAGCAGAGCCGCGCAGGAGGAGACGACGCAGCAGCAGCAGCAGUCGGCGGACGGAGACGGAGCGCAGCGCCCGGCCAGAUACCAUGGUGAUGAGCCCAGUAUAAGUGAGAUCCGAAUGUGAGAGAGUACCUAUAAACAAACGUCAGGAGCUGCGCAUGCUGCUCACCGAGGGGGUGCGUCUGCCUCUCUCUGCUCGUGUGUGUUCACUGGCACGUUGCGUGCGAGCGCACGCGCCCAUCUCCGUGUUCAGCCCCCGUCGCCGUUCUCCACCGCUGACAGCCCCAGCACCGAAAGAUGAAUCCCACCAUCAGCAUCGCUGUCAUCCUGACAGUGCUGCAGGUUACCCAUUGCCAGAGGAUCAAGGAGCUGAGUGCCUGCUUGCUGGGUCAGAACCUGCGCGUGGACUGCCGCUAUGAAAACAAGACCAGCAACUUCCUGAACUACGAUUUCAGCAUGUUCAAGGAAAACAGGAAGCGGGUGAUCCAGAGCAACCUGAACGUCGCCGAGACCGGCCUCAAGUUACGAUCCAACAUCACCCUGUCAAAGGACAUGGUGUGCCUGCAGCUGUUCGACUUCACCACUGCAGAUGAGGGCAUCUACAUCUGCGAGCUGAAGAUCACCAAUGACUACACCGGCAACCAGAUAAGGAACAUCACCGUCAUCAAAGACAAGCUGGAGAAAUGUGCCGGCAUCAGCCUCUUGAUUCAGAACACCUCGUGGGUGCUGCUCCUGCUCCUCUCCCUGCCGCUCCUGCAAGCUGUGGACUUCGUGUCCCUGUGAAAGGAAGGAGCGACCGAGCCGCCCAGCCGAGCCCCACUGCCCAAACGUGGCCCUUUGCAAGAGAAGACGAUGAACGAUUUGGAACCAAGGAAAUCUCUCUCUGUGUAUAUCUCUCUAUAUAUCUGUAUAUCUGCCGAGCCCGCCCGCCCUCCCCGCACUGCCACGCCAUCACACCACACGUCCGAAACACGCUGGGGGCUGGGGUGGGUGUAUUAAGCAGUAUUAAAGGAUCCGACGCAUGGCGGCAUUCCCUCGCGCUCUGCUAGAUGGUGCAGCUUCUUCCAUAGCACGUUUUGGUUUUGUUUCUUUGUCCCGGUGGCAGGGGGAUCUAUAGCCUCGAGGCAGCAGCUUGUCUUGGUCCAUUUUUUUGUCUUUCAAGGAGGGAAAGCCAGCAGGGCCCCCAGACCUGACUCUGGUAAAAGAGGGUCAAAGAGUUAGGGGACCAACUGGCUACCACCUGAGCCUGGAGAACAGACGCUCGCUCAGCAACACAGGCUUCCCCAGUGUAAAGGCUCGUCCCCAUCUAGGCAAUGUCGGGCACGUGGGAAGCGGUGGGACAGAGUACACUACACUAGCUUUUCACCUCUGGGGAGCUGGGUUUGAAUCAUGCCUGGUGAGAUGAAUUUGGUGGGCUCUCAGCCUGUUCUUAGCAGCCAUCACUUCCGUCUUGCACAAAGCCGUGACCAUUGGUAUGACUGCUUCGCCUGCGCAGGAAAGGGCCAGCAUUGAAACAGAUCCGUCUUGGGGGUGUGAGCAACAGGGACACUCGAAUACAGAGACAGCAAGGGGUGCUGAAGGUCUCAAGUUGGGGGUGCAGGGACAGACAAAUAGCGGGGGCCACAGCACUGAAAUAGCAAGGGGUGUGGAAGGUUUUAGGACAGAGGUGCAGCUGCAGCCCUGCAUAAGAACACUUGCCCAUCACUCAUCCAUGCUCUGCUGGGCUUAAGCCCUCACUGUAAGAUCAGAGGAUGGCCGUUGGUUGUUGGUUGUUUUUAAUUAAUCCUGAACUAAGGAACUGAGGCAGCAGCCCUUGAAAUGAGUCAGUGUGCCGAGGCAAUCCUGCUCAGCGGAGACUAGGGGUUAGCUGUGAAGGGAGACCCCUUGCUGAGCUGGGGCCAGCACUGCUCGCUGCAUGAUCUCCAGGCAGGGGUCCCCUGGGUGGAGACACAGAUAGCACUUGGUGGGUGGGUGUGCGUGUGUGUAAACACUCAGGGGGGAUGGACAGCUUGCUCCCAGAGAAGAAGCCACUGUCCUUGGGGAGAGAGGAGAUAUAGGGAAGGGGGCCUGGGCAGCUGCCACCUCCCACUCCUCUGGUACCAGUCAAAGCUGCUCUGUGACAUCCCCCAUUAACACACAGGGCUGGCGAUUGGGGGAGAUUGCAGGAGCUGGGGCGGCCCCCAAGCCACAAGCACUCAUCCCUUUGGGUUUGACUUCAGGCACUAGCGAGACCAGCCCACCUGGCUCCGCUCCUUGUCUGGACCGUGGUUUCCUCCUUCAGCCCAGUCCCGCUCCUGAGUCGUGCUAGUGGGGAGAAGGCUGCAGCCUUCCUCCCUUGCAUGUUAACAGACUCCGGUGCGGGCCUGUUCCUUAGCACAGCCUUGCCUCUCAUUAGGAGCCUCAAGGGCCUAGGCAGGUGUUUCCUGUGGACACGGGUUAGCCGUAGGGGGAUAUAAUGCAUCCCAAACCACACAAUGACCCCAAGCUUAGAGACCGUCCCCAGCUGGAGACGGGGUCCGGACAAGGCCUGCCCCCCCAGCACACUGGGGAUCAAAUGCCCCAGGACUGAGCAGGGAAGAAACUCCUGAGCCCACCUACCGCGCAGGGGCAGGCUAGAGGGCGGAGGGCAUUACAUAGCUCUCUCCUGAGCACCCAAGGCAUCUCCCCCAGGCGUGGGCUAAAACAGGGGAGCAGGGGUCCCGCUCAGCCCGCUGCCACGCAAGGGCGGCAAUGGGAAACCAAGAUCACGUGCAUAGGAACUGAGCAGGGCAAGCCCGGGAACUCACCUGGUGGAGCCGGAAGGGUUAAUGGUGACGGGGGGGGGACAGGCCCCAGCUAAUUGUAAUAUGCCCCCCCCCUCUCCGAUUGUGUGUGCUGCGCUUGAGCCCACUGCAGCGUCAGGAGCCGGGUGGCUGGCUAAGGGGAGCUGCUUUCUUCUGUGAUGCCCCGCGCCCUGCUUGUUCGCUGUAUAGUGCACUACCCCCCCCAGAUGUACUGCUCAGGUAUCUCUCCGUGUACAUCUCCCCCCAGCCAGCCCUGACCUGCCGGUGAAUGCAAUGGAGGGAGGGGGAGGGUCAGACCCAGCCAACCCACACGGACGUGUCCUAGUCUUGUUUCGUGAACAUUUGUAGUGUUUCCACAGCUUGGUGUACGAGAAAUGCUGUUCAAGGGGGGAAAACAAGAACAACAAAAGAGCCUCUGUCUGCACAAUAAAUCCCUCGGUUGUGUGUUGGA